AUGCCCGCGGCCCUCUUUGGGGUGCAACCCAGGAGCGUGGCUGGGGAGAGGAGCUGUCAGCGGGAGAAGGCAGCUUCUCUGUGGGCCCGGGACAAGGGGGUCCUGGGCAGUGACAUGACCCUGGUGGCAGCGCGUGGUCUUUACGGGAAAGAUGGCAUCCUGCCAGCCCGGAAGAUGCUCCGCGUCACUGGCAAAGGAUUCUGGGAGCAGCUGCGGGAUUCGCCCACCUUGCUCUGGCUGGGGCCUCGGCUGGGGCUGGACACGGAGCAGGGCCUGGAGGCGCUCUGCCUGCUGGGGGUGCUGCUCUCCUUCGGGGCCCUGAUCCUGGAGCCCUUGCGCGACAGUCUCCUCUUCCUCGCUCUCUGGGCCCUCUACCUUUCUCUUUAUCAGGUUGGAAAUUUAUUUAUUUAUUUUAUAUGGGACAGCCUUCUCCUGGAGACGGGCUUCUUGGCCGUUCUGGUGGCGCCCCUCCACCUGCUGAAGUGGCGCUCAACGGCCUGGCGGGCACACGACGGGGUGACCUUCUGGCUGGUGCGCUGGCUGCUCUUCCGCCUCAUGUUCGCCUCGGGGGUCGUGAAGCUGACCAGCCGCUGCCCCACUUGGUGGGGGCUCACAGCCCUGACCUACCAUUAUGAGACGCAGUGUAUUCCCACCCCGGCGGCGUGGUUCGCCCACCAGUUGCCCGUCUGGUUCCAGAAGUUCAGCGUGGUGGCCACCUACGCCAUCGAAAUAGCCGUCCCAGCCCUCUUCUUUGCCCCGGUCCGCCGCCUCCGGCUGUUUGCCUUCUACUGCCAGGUCCUCCUGCAAGUCCUGAUCGUCCUGACGGGCAACUACAACUUCUUCAACCUGCUGACCGUCACCUUCUGCUUCUCCCUGCUGGACGAUGACCACGUUGGGCUCUGGCUGGGCCGUGGCCGGAAGAAAACAGGUUCCUCCUGGCCCCCCCGGCCGCUGACCGUCCUGAUCGGACUGGCUGAAUUGGGCUCCUACGGCUUACUGUUCUACUGGACCGCCUGUCACUUCGGGCUGAAGGUCAACUGGGAGAAGAAGCUCCUUGAAUCUAAGACAGCUUUCACAUACCACGAAUUCAUGCAGUGGCUGAAGAUGGUGACGCUCCCUCUGGUGGGACUCGCCCUCCUUUCCUUGCUUUGGGAGAUCCUCCAGGCUGCUUACAGGUGUGCCUGCGCCCGGGGCUUUCUCUGGAAACUCUGGGGGACUCUCCAGUGGGCCGUCUUCACCACCGCGGCCUUAGGGAUGUUUGCCAUCAGCCUGGUCCCCUUCACCUACAUCGAGUACGAGUCCAACGGGAAGCUGUGGCCGAGCAUCCACCAGAUGUUCAGUGCCGUCGAUCGCUACCAGGUGGCUAAUUCCUACGGGCUCUUCCGGCGGAUGACGGGAGUGGGCGGCCGGCCAGAGGUGGUGGUGGAAGGCAGCUACGAUAAGGAAACGUGGACGGAGAUCGAGUUCAUGUACAAGCCAGGCAACGUCAGCGUAGCGCCUCCGGUGGUGGCCCCUCACCAGCCCCGGCUCGACUGGCAGAUGUGGUUCGCUGCGCUGGGCCACCACAGCCAGAGCCCCUGGUUCACCAGCUUCGUCUAUCGCCUCCUGCAGGGCAAGAAAGAAGUCAUCCACCUCGUGCAGGUCGACGAGUCCAGAUACCCGUUCCACUCGCAGCCUCCGGCUUACAUCCGGGCCCAGCUGUAUAAGUACUGGUUCACGGGAAAUGCGGAGGACGGUUCUCUUCCUCAGAAAUGGUGGGAACGGCAGCGUGUGGAAGAGUUCUACCCGAGUGUCUUCCUGGGGGACCCACAGUUGGAUGCCUUCCUGACCCAGUAUGGGCUUAAGGACAAGGCCCCCACGAAGCGGCCCUCGGACUCCCUCCUACCCACGGCCCUCCGGCUGGUGCGAGAGCACACCCACCCAUACAGCGGCCCCACCCUGAUCUGGUCCCUCUAC